AGCUCGGUUGUGGGUAGUGCGGCACCCUUACUCCUUCAGAAUCUGUCUCACCUACCUUUGGUACAGCAGCAGUUGAUGAAGUUUGAAAAUACCCACACUAAUAAUAAGCCUGGCUUGCUGGGAGACCCUCCCACCAUGGUGCUGCAGCCUGCACUGGCAAUAGGGCCACCACUGCCUCUGAAAACCGACCUGGGACACCAUGGAGACACACACAAAGCAUCCAAUCUGAUUCCAACUCAAACAACACUGGCAGCUGGGCUGGGCAUGUUGCCAUUCUUCCCACACCAGCUCACUGCUGGACAAGCUGGGCUGGGCCGUGGGACCACUCAGGAGAAGCAGUCAGCCUCAGCGGGCAUCACCGAAGCUAGUUUCUCAGGGUCGCAGCAGUAUCUGCAGACCUUCCCAGGCCUUCCUGCUGGAGGCCCGCUGACAGGCCACCAGAAAACACAACAGAGCCAGCCAAAAGGCGCAGAGGUUGCCUCUAAGAAUCAGACUUCACUCUUGGGAGAACCACCAAAAGAAAUUCGGCUCAGUAAAAAUCCUUAUUUGAAUUUGGCCAGUGUGUUGCCCAGUGUGUGCCUAUCUACUGCAAGUAAAGGCACACCACAGAAGACUGGAAUUGCUAGCAACAUUCUGGAUGCAAUCUCUCAGGGAAAUGAGUCCCAGCACGUACUGGAGAAAUGCAUCACUUAUUCUCCACCUUUCGAGGAUUAUGCCCAGGUGUCCUCUCUGAGAAAUGAGAAGCGAGGCUCCUCCUAUCUCAUCUCGGCCCCAGAAGGGGGUCCAGUAGAACUCGCUGGCCAGCACCCUCAGGACACAGGAGUGAGCUACACAGAAUCCUACUUGAAAAAGAAGCGUGUGUACUGAGCUCACUGUCUCCUGCCCACUGCUGCAGUCCGCUGCAGUGCCUGCUGCUCAUCGCUGCCUUAACUUCAUUCACUAGCCAUAUCCUUUCAAUACGGGUGUCUGACUUCCCAGAAGGAACUGUCAUGCAGCAGGCAGAUCAGCCAAAUACCCAACUAGCAAUAAGAAACGUCAUUGGUUGAGGGCAUUUUCCACUAGCAUUAGAUGUGUCUUAAUACAUGUGAUAACAGCUCAGCUCACUGGAGAAUCAGCAUUCCAAUAGUCCUUGUUUCGGGCCUGGGAACAAUUUGACAUCGUACCAUCUGAAGCAAUAAAUGGGAAACAGUGUUUUGUUUCCUUAGCCUUAGAAUGAAUUUCUUAUAAGCCAAUGUGCAUUUACCUUACUCUCCCUAAGAAUAAUCUCAUCCGUAGUCUUUAAGGACCUUUCCUCCAACAGCAAGGGUGUGGGUACAACCCGUGCAAUGGUGAUACCACACAGACACUUGUCAUGGAGACUCCAUUAGCUCUACACCAGCCACGAAAUACCAACCCAGUGGCAGAGUGAGAGUCAGGUCACUUCAGAUGCUUGACUUCCAAGGUAUCGUUUACCAUUUAUACUUUUGGGAAACAAAGUACUUCAGGAAAAGUAACUUUGGUUACAUAAUACAAGGGUUGGUGAAGUACACACUAGGGCCACAUGAAGUCUACCACCUAGUUUUGUGCUGCCCAUGAUUACACUUCUAAAUGCCUGGGGUAGGGGAGAACUUAGAACAUGAAACUGCAGUUUUAGUGUCCCUAAGAUUUUAUUUGGAACACAGUGAAGCUCACUCAUACACAUAUUAUGUAGUUACUUUUGUAUCACUACAGGAACCAAGUAGCCUCAACAGAGAACCACAGAACCUGCAAAGCCUAGGACAUUUACUCUCUUCUUUAUAUGUAAGGUUUGCUGACCUCUCUCCCUAUUGCUUUUAUCUUAUGGUUAGAAGGUUAACCUUUGAGAGACUGGCACAUGCAAGGAGCCAAGGAGUGAAGAUCUAAUCACUAGACCAGGUUGUAACUCGGCAGCACAGUCCACACAGCCAUUUCUGAGGGAGUCCAUGGACAGUGUGUGGGACAGUUCUGAGCUAAUAAAGCUCUACCUCACUCUGGUUUCUUACUCAUUCCUUGGGAGUUAAGCUGAAAGAUUGCAGCUAUUUAAUCCAAGUUCCUUCUGAAAGAAUGUCUUUAUUAAUGUGACUUUUGGCCUCACCAUUUUCUGAAGACCUUGGUAUGAGUUAGAGAAACCACUUUCCAUCUAGAAGUCUGUUUGUUUGUUAAGAGACUACAGCUGAUGGAUUUUGGGAUCUCAGUGAUCCCACUCUAUAGGAUCAGAUCAUUAAAAUACCUUAUUUGAGGUAUUUUGACUUAUUUUUGACUAUGAUAUAAAUCUCCAGCAUUAAUUAUAGAGUCUAAACUGGUACAUAUGUUAUACACUUUACAAAGAAUUUUACGUGGUCUAAUUUAUUGCAUAUACCAGCUUUCAUUGAAAAUGACAGCUAAAGUGGUAAGACAAUCCUAAGCAUACUACCUAUGGCCGAUCAGAACGGCCAUAGCACAGACUAACGGCUUCUCCAAGUCUGCACAGAGAAGCCCUUCCUUUUGCUGCUGUAUUCCAUCUCUUCAGCACUUAGUGAUAGUUUUACUUUGUGCAAACAGAACAUAGGGAGGAUAGUGACUGCUACACUGGAGCUGAAAACUUAAAGCACUCUGCAUUACAGCACAAGGUCUUCCUCCAUACCAGCCUGCACCCAUUAUCUGUGGCCAGAAGAGUGAUGUUAGUACAAGGUCAUUACUACCAACCCCCAAAAUCUAGGCUGUUAUUUUUCUAUGUUAGCUAAUGGUUUGAAAUGCUUUCAAAAUGCAGACUUAAUAUUAAAAGGCAU